AAGCAAGCGUACUUAAAGGCAACGGUUGCGCUGGUUAGCUAUCUCUUUUUUCCCUACGGUUCGCUGCAAUGGCUCGUACGAAGCAGACCGCUCGCAAGUCCACCGGCGGCAAGGCCCCGCGCAAGCAGCUGGCCACCAAGGCCGCCCGCAAGAGCGCCCCGGCCACCGGCGGCGUGAAGAAGCCCCACCGCUACCGCCCCGGCACCGUGGCCCUGCGCGAGAUCCGGCGCUACCAGAAGUCGACCGAGCUGCUGAUCCGCAAGUUGCCGUUCCAGCGCCUGGUGCGCGAGAUCGCGCAGGACUUCAAGACCGACUUGCGCUUCCAGAGUUCGGCCGUCAUGGCUCUGCAGGAGGCGAGCGAGGCCUACCUUGUGGGUCUGUUUGAGGACACGAACCUGUGCGCCAUCCACGCCAAGCGUGUCACCAUCAUGCCCAAGGACAUCCAGCUGGCUCGCCGCAUCCGCGGAGAGAGGGCGUAAUUUUGUUUGGAAAACUCACAAACCCAAAGGCUCUUUUCAGAGCCACCUACAA